AUGGAACAAGACAUUGCUGGUCAUCGGGCUCAUGAUGUGCUUGACCGCGUCGAAAAUUAUGUCAAGAUGCAACAUAAAGAAUUUCGCUUCUAUAAAGACCAAAUGGGCUGCUCUGGUCCUCAGGAACAGUGUCAGGACGACCCCAUUAUGGCGGCAGAGCUGGAAAAGUACAUGACCAUCAACAGUGUUGCUCGAGCGUGGGAACUUCGACCCGGGCGCGAUUGGUAUGUCUUCAUCGAGGAUGACACCUAUGUCAUCUGGCCCAACCUGAUUCACUGGCUGCGCAAAAAGGCACGUCGAAAUCGGGACCCGUUUGUGGGAAGUGCCGUCAUGCUCAACGGUUAUGCCUUUGCGCACGGCAGUAGUGGGUUCGUUCUCUCUGGGCGCUUAAUUCGCCGUUGGAUGGAGAAAUUUCCAGACGUAGCCGAAACGUACGACAAGUUGGCUCACGAAAUUCAAUAUGGCGGCUUGGCCCUUGCAAAAGCCCUGGAAGUGGCCAACGUUGGGGUCAAACAAGCGCACCCAAUGUUCAAUGGAGAGAAUCCAACCACUGCGCCGUUUGGUCAUAACCAUUGGUGCCAGCCCGUUUUUACUAUGGCAACGAUGACUUCCCAGAAGAUCAGCGAUUUGUGGGAAUAUGAAAAGUCAAGAAACGACUCUAGCCUCAUCCAAUACAGACAUCUCUAUCACCAAUUUUUUGAACCAUACAUGGCCUAUUACCGCAAAAACUGGGACAAUCUCUCCAGUGGUACCUGCUACAUUGGUCCCGAUGACCAAGACCGAGUCUCCGAUUGGAUUAAAAGCCAGCAAAAACCAGAAUCGGAAAAAAACAUUGUCGAAAAGUACGCCCACAGAUCAGCAGCAGCUUGCGCCAAAGUCUGCGAAGCUGAGGGCCUAGAUAUCGCUGACUCUGACUUCUCGUCACUUCUGACCGAGACGUCACGAGGCAAGUUUGUCCGCGCCAAGUACGAGGAGAAGGCCCAGCGGAACACCUUGUUCAAGUUGAAUAGGAGGUGUUUUCAGUGGAAAUACGACAACGGCGUGUGCUUUACGUCUCCGACUUUUACUCUAGGAGGGCCUAUACAAGAAGCAGAAGAAGGGAAAGACGGGGAGGUAGUGACGAGCGGUUGGUUCGUCAAGGGUAUUGCCGACUGGGUUGAUGCCAUGGGGAACUGUGCGCUGGACUGGAUAGAACCAGUUACUCCUCACUAG